AUGCAUUUCCCUCUUAGGAACUUGCUACUGGCCAUACUUCCUGUUCUCUCAGUACUAUUCUUUUUCAUAUCUCCUGUAUGGCUAUCAAGAAUAUCAAAUUCAAAUUAUAAAACAGUGAAAACAAUAACAGAAGAUGCCAUCGCUAAGAGAGCACAGAACACAUAUGGGAAUGAUUGGAAUUUUGAGAAUAACCAAAUUUCUCUUCAGGCUGCUAAUUAUCGUGCCAUAAAUGAUUUUAAACUUUCAAAACUUUUAUUAGCUUCCGAUAUUGAAGGUGCAUUACAUGCUUUAGAUAGAGAGACAGGUGAAAUUAUUUGGUCAUUAGAUGUUGAAGAGCCACUAGUCAAAAUCACCACUAAUCAAUCAAAAGAAGAUCAAAAUAUCGAUGAAGAUGCUUUAAGCUGGAUGGUGGAGCCUUAUGGCGAUGGUAAUUUAUAUUUUUUCAAUAAAGAGUUCGGAUUGAACAAAUUACCAGUUUCAAUCAGUCAUCUAGUCUUACAAAGUCCAUUUGCUUUGAGUAAUGAUGAAAAAAUCUAUACUGGUAUCAGAAAGUCUGCACUCUACUCGUUGAAUGUGAAUACAGGUGAAAUAGUUUCAUCUUAUGGCUCAGGAUGUGAUGCUUUUGGAAAUGACAAAGUUUGUAAAGAUACAGAUGAUACGACUGAAAGCUGCCCAGAAAUUGUCCUAGUUGGUAAAACAACAUAUGAAUUAACUAUAUAUUCAAAAGAAAAUGUUCAUUGGAAUGUCACUUAUUCGACUUGGGGUCAAAACAAUAUUGAUAUGGAUUUAGCUUAUCAAAACACAGUACCAUUGGAUCAAACGUAUAUUGCACCAUUUCAUGAUAACACCUUAUUGGCAAUCGAUGUGGAGUCAAAGAUUGCAAAAUGGGUUAGUCAACUGCCGCAAACCAUUGUCAACGUUUUCGAUAUUUUACAAGAUGAACGAUUAGCUAAUAGUGGAAUCAAUGAUAAUUACCUGAUUGUACCACACCCUUUGAAAGCUCCUUUGGGAUUUGAAGAAGAAGAGAACUUGGGUGUAUAUCUUGACACCACUAAAAAUGGUUCGUGGUAUGCCAUGUCUGGUGAAUAUUAUCCAUCAUUAGUCAAAUCUGCACCAGCCUCAAGAUAUUCAUUGAGUGAAAGAUGGAGAGUACCAAGUGUUUUAAAUAUACCGGAUUUAUUCAUUACUGCUAUUACUGGUGUUCAUUCAACUACAAAUGGUGCUAUGAAUUACAAUAAACCUAACCCUUCAAAGGCAUCAUUGGGGUAUCCAACAAAUUUCCCUCAACAAUACCCACCACACCGUCCACCUUACACACCAGGAUCAAAUGAAAUAGAUACUUAUAAUCCACCUUCAAGAUCUCAAUGGCUUGGAUUACCAUCUGCCUCUGAAGCUAUGUUAGAAAUUGGUCCUUCUCCGGAAGCUCAAGGUAAUCAUUUUAACAAUUGGGCAUUGGUUUUUUCACUAAUUUCUGUUUUCUUCCUUGGUGUUUUUUACAAAAGGUUCAACUGGUUCUCCUCAUUGAAUGCACUUUUGAAGAAGAAUGGACUAGAACUGAAAGAGGUUACCUAUGAAGAGCAAUCUAAAAUUUUAGUCAAUCAUGACAUAGAUGAGAAUAACAAAGAAUCUAUUGACAAUAAGAAAGAUUCUAAGGAAGAACUCCCCACAUCAGCCAAUGGUGCGAAUUCAAAUAAAAGUAAGGAAAAAGCUAAGAAAGAAGUGAAGAUUGUCGUCCCAACUCAGGAUGGUGAAAAGGCCAAUGGUGAAAGUAAUGUUGUAAAGAAACGUAAAAGAGGAAGUAGAGGUGGUAAAAAGAACAAGAAAUCAAAUGAUUUAGAAAAUAAAGACACAGUGGAGGCAGCUGAUACAACGAUAUCUAAACCGGAAAGUUCUAACGCACCACAGAAGUUGAACGAGUUGACGAUCUCUGAUACUGUGUUGGGUUACGGUUCUUAUGGUACCAUGGUUUAUAAGGGGACUUUUCAGAAUCGUGAUGUUGCUGUAAAGAGAAUGCUUAUAGAGUUCUACGAUGUUGCAAGUCAUGAGAUUAAUCUGUUAACAGAAAGUGAUGAUCAUUCAAAUGUUAUACGGUACUUCUACAGUGAAACAAAUGACAAGUUUUUAUACAUUGCAUUAGAGUUAUGCAGUGCAAGUUUAGAGGAUAUUAUCGAGAAGCCAACAAAUUAUUUAGAUCUUACAAAGUUGAUGAAUCCUGUGGACGUCUUAUUCCAAAUUGCACAAGGGUUACAUCAUUUGCACUCUUUAAAGAUAGUUCACAGAGAUAUUAAACCACAGAAUAUUUUAGUUGCACCACCAAAGAAAAUUAAAUCAAGAUCAAGUAAAGAUGAAUAUGCACCAGUUAGAAUUCUAAUAUCAGACUUUGGUUUAUGUAAAAGGUUAGAGACUGAUGAAAGUUCAUUUAGAGCUACAACACAACAUGCAGCUGGUACUUCAGGUUGGAGAGCUCCUGAACUGUUGGUGGAUGCAACAAAUACAAUUUAUAAUUCUUGUUCUGUCUCAAGUGACCAUUCAUUCACAACAUCAUCUAAUUCAAUCGCUGAGCCACUUGUGUUUGAUACGUUAUCAAAGAGAAGAUUAACCAGAGCCAUUGAUAUUUUUUCAUUGGGUUGUGUUUUCUUUUAUAUAUUAUCUCAUGGGAAUCAUCCAUUUGGUGAUCGUUACCUGAGGGAAGGUAAUGUAAUUAAAGGUGAAUAUUCUUUAGAAGCUUUGGAAAUUUUACCAGAUAAUCUUGAAGAAGCUAAAGAUUUGAUUUCAAAAAUGAUUUCAAGAAACCCUAAGUUAAGAUUAAACACUUCACAGGUUUUAAACCAUCCUUAUUUUUGGGAUGAUUCUAAGAAGCUGGAUUUCUUAUUAAAAGUAAGUGAUAGAUUUGAAGUUGAAAGAAGAGACCCACCAAGUGCAUUAUUGUUGGAAUUAGAAUCUGUUGCUACCAAAGUUAUUGCUGAUGAUUGGUGUAGAAAGUUUGAUAAAAAUUUUCUUGAUAAUUUAGGUAAAUACAGAAAAUACCAUCCGGAUAGAUUAAUGGAUUUAUUAAGAGCAUUGAGAAAUAAGUAUCAUCAUUUUAAUGAUUUACCACCAGAACUAGCCACUAGAAUGAGCCCAUUGCCUAAUGGAUUCUAUCAAUUUUUUAACAAAAGAUUCCCAAAUCUUUUGAUGGAGAUUUAUCAUGUUGUUGAAGAGCAUUUAAAUGAUGAUCCAAUACUAGAGACAUUUUUAAAAGGUUAUUGA